AUGGCGUUUUCAAAAAUGUUUUUUCUUUUCAGCAAAUUUCAGCAGGGUGUUGGUGUUCUAGCAAAGAGUAAUACUUUUGCUAAAGCUCCAAGGCAACUUCAAUUUGAAGCCGACAUUAACAAACUUUUUAUGUUUACAAGCUAUAAUCGUUUGGGUCGUGAUGCUGAGGAGGCGGAUGCAGAAGAGAUCAUUGAGAUGGCUGGUAAAGCCACUUCCUCUGAGCAACAGAAGCAAGUUCAAGAGAACAUUCACUACCAAGUCGAAAACUUUUGUGCUUCGAUGGAUGAUAUUCUUCUUCCUGAUAUCAACAAAACAGAGGAACUAAAUGAGUUAGGAUCAGAAGCAAGAAGCACUCCUCGUAAAAGCGAGCUUAGUUUCACCAUUGGUAAAGACGAUAAUGUUCCAACUGCGGACAAGUCAGUUGUUCCUGAGACUAAGCCGCUUAAACUUGUUGAAGUCUCACAUCGAUUAAAGGAAAGAAUUGGGUACACCCUCGAGAUCAAACCAUCCUUAAUACCUCACAAAGACGCGGGUCAAGGUUGUUUCAUAGACGGUGAAGCAGAUGUGGGAGCUGUCUUAGCUUUUUACCCUGGUGUGAUUUAUUCUCCUGCUUUCCACAGAUACAUUCCCGGGUAUCCAAAUGUCGAUGCACAGAACUCAUAUCUGAUCACUAGGUAUGAAGGGGUGGUAAUAAAUGCACAACUUUGGGGUCGUGGAGGAGAAUCACGGGCAGUAUGGAACAACUCCUUUACAACGCCUGAGAUCAGAACAGACGCUAGUAUCGCAGGAAAUGGUUCAGACAAGGUAGGGAACAUGCUGAGUAGACCGCUUGAAGGUUCGGGUAAUGGAGAAGCGGUUCUUGAAAUGAGAAAUCCGUUGGCGUUUGGUCAUUUUGUCAACCACCCGGGUAAAGACAUGGAUCCUAAUGUCAUGAUUUGCCCAUAUGACUUCCCUUUGUCAGAGAAAGUGAUGAGACCUUACAUUCCGAAUGUAGCAUUCGAGAAUGCAGAAGACGUAAAGGUGAGGAGCUUGGGAAGCCUCUGGUUUAGGACAGAGCGUAAUAGCGGUUUGGAUGCUACUGUACUGAAGACGCUUGUUCUAGUGGCUACAAGACCGUUGUGCAAUGAGGAACUGAUGCUGAACUAUAGGCUGAGCAGUUCUGAGAGAAGACCGGAGUGGUAUACUCCAGUUAAUGAUGAAGAAGAUCAAAGGAGGUGA